GCGGGCCGACACGCGCGCCGCGUUUUUCGUUAGUGAGCUUCCAUGUAACCGAGUACUGCGAUACGCUCGAUACCACGCGCCACAAAUAUUGUGAAAGUGCUGCUUGUUGUACGUGAUUUGUAGAAGUGAGAGUACAUUUGCCGCGAACGAGUCGCGAAGAUUAAGAACAAUUUCUAAACUAUCGAAUUCGAGAAUUGUUUUUGAAUUCGUCACAGGAGUGGGUUCAAUGGAAGCGAGGUUCGUAACUUGCCGGAGUUUCCAGCAGAUCAAGCCGCCCGAAAAGACCCUAGCGCCGCAGCCGACGGUGAAGGGCCUACUGUCCAGAUUCGGGAGCCAGGCUCAAGCACUUUUCGCCCCCAAGAAGACACGUUUUGGUUCUUCGGUGGCCAUCCACAAACUCCGCGAGACCAAGUGGUUUAAGCACGAUGAACAGAACAUAUUAUGCGCUGUUCUGGAAUCAGGAUUCAUCCUCGAAGUGCGAGCUCAAGACCCUUUGCCGCCAGAUUCGACUCUCUCACCAGACUACCAUAUGUACGCCGUCGCCAUGUGGAAGAAGGGUAAAGAAAAAACAAAGAACCCCGAACAGAUAGACGUGUACACGGUUCAACAGAAAGGUGUGAGAAAACGUGUGAUAAAAACAACGUUAAGCGCAUUCUGGAAGCAAGACUCUGUUAUACGCAUCAACAACGUGGACGACAAACAGGAGACACCGAACAGCGAAAAAGAUAUCAGAUCUAAGAUGACGAAAGCAUCGUCGCUUUCGUUUUAUGCAUACUGUGGGCACAAUUGAACGUUCGGACGGCUACUAAGGCGAAGCUUCUACUGAUUGCAGUUGGAUAUGGCAACUAAGUCCAGAUUCGAGAGAAACUGGCAUAAUACCCUGCAUUUCGUCCAUUGGUGCCGUUACGGUGAGACGCCGCAAGAAGCUCGCAUGAGACAGGUAAUUUAAACCCACAUAACGCAACAUUCGAUGAUGUUCUAGAAUUCUUCAUAGUCCAGCUGUUCAUACCUACUAGCGGAAAUAGAGAACCAGCGCCAUUUGUAAUACACAAAGAACACGUUCUUGCACAUCAUCGGCUUUUAUUAUCUGCACGUUACUGUAUUUAUAAAUUAUCAAUUUCUUUUAAUUCAUAUUAAGGAGAAUGCAUGCCGUUGCGAGUCAACUGACGGAAGAACUGUAAAACUGUCCAUUCCUUUGAUCGGAUAAUUAAAUUUCGCGAAACACGAAAUACAGCUUUUCAUUUGUUCCGUGAGUAAAACUUAUUGCGAGACGAAAUGGAUCAUCGCAAAUCAUCCAGCUUUCUGUAUGUUCACGCCUAUCCUGUUUAAGUUUGCUUCGUUGUGAACUCCAAGUAAGGGCCAUUGAAAUUAAGGGGAGUACCGGACGGCCGGCGAUCGUUCACGCAGCCUUGCAUGGGGUCUUGGGACAGAAGUAAAAAAAAAAGAUCGCACAAAGGAACAAUUUUGUUUACAGAUCAGCUUAACGACGUCGAAAACACCUAUGAUUAUCAUCUUUUGAUGGUAACUCUUGAGGCGCUUUGGACCCUUACAGCUGACAACAAGAUACCGGUGAGAGUUUCGUUAUUAAACAACGGGUGUUAGAAAGUGCUAAUUCAAUGUGCCCACUCUUUUUAAAUGUUUAUUUUUUUCUAAUCCAUCAUUAGAAAGUCUAUUUGUUCACUAAUGUUGUGUAGUUUGUGUUUGUGUUUAAAAUAUAACUCUACGUUGUGUAUUAUUCAUGUGCGACGAAUUUUGGUAUCAUUUUAUGUGUUCCAUGUAUAUAAACUAAUAAUUAAAGUGGUCGAGAACGUAUAUUUUACGGUAAGAAAUACUUCGAUCCGACCACAAACACGAUUCUUCAAGCUAAAAGUACAUUCACCUCGACUUACGUAUAGGAACGAAUCUAUUAAAUUCUUGAUCAAUCACUUCGUAACGAUAAUAACAAUAAUUUGAAAAUGGUCCACUUUUUUAAUUCGUUUUAGUUUUUAUUUUAAUUAUUAAACGGUUAUUGCGUAAGACGAUGUCAUAAUUGAACGCCAAACAUUAUCUAAUAUUAGUAAUAUCAUUCUAUAAUUAAAAUUAAUUGCUUUUUGUUGUACAGGUAUAUGCAAUAAUGUGUUUUGGUUUGAAAGUGGGGCAGAUUUUAAAUACCAUACUAUACUACCGAGUAUUAGACUUCAAGUGUUUUUUUAUUGCUUUGAUUGAUAUCUCAUGGCCCUCCUGGAGUAAGUGGUUACCGGUGCUCACUCAAUACUGAUAUCAACAAUGUAAAUGCCGUCAUCAUAAAUAAAAUAAUGCAGUUUUUUUGCCGUUUUCAGACAUCUAGCAAAAAAAUGUUUACUAGUAAAUCAAAAUGAAUGCAAAUUUUAAAGGAUAAACCAGUUUAGGAAUGUUUAAAGAAAAUAUGCGUAAUUUUUUUUAGUACAUAAUGUCUAAACAGCAUAAAACAAUGCAGGGCUUAGUGUUUGGUUAUAUCUGAUUUAUCAAUUUCUUUUUAUAAACCGCUCCACGAAUAUUGAUAAUAAAUCAAAUUAUUAACAAAAUUGAAAUCAUUAAAGAAAUAAAAGGUAUUAAAAGAACGGACUGCCAACUCUGUGACAAAUAACAGACGAUCAAAGUAAGAUAUAAAAUAAUUCUUUAAAACUUUAAUGUUACAUUAUUUUAAAAAUGUUAUUCUAUUAAAAACGAUGCCAUGUAACUAUAACAAUAGCGUACUUACUGGAUACGUAAUCAUUUACCGACCUGCGCAACUGUUCUAACAUUCAAUUGUUUUUCUUUAGUCACUGUUGUCAGGUUGUAAGCUUAAUCUUUUAUAUUUCUUACAUUUUAUAUGUUACUAAGCCAGGCAGAUUUUCAUCUGCGAAAGAUCAAACCGAUCGCAGCGCCCCCCUAACGCAUACAAGAACCCACACAGCACACACCAAAAAACAUAAAAUUGAUUCCGUUUAGUUCAAUGAAAAAUAAGCGUAGUGAACGAUGUAAUAUCUUUUUCGGAAUUAAAUUCUUUCUGUUCUUUUGGUAUCAUUGUUAGGCGGAUCAUCCGCAAAUAAUAUACCUAUAUGUAUGUAUAUAUAUAUAUUUAUUUAUACAUACGUUUAUGUAUGUUUAAAAGUAUGCAACUUCGCUAGAUUCAAGGAAGCGACAACAUCAAAAUGUAUACUGUUUAAAAAUAAACAUUUAUUAUCUGAUUCUGCAAUUCAUAAGUUUUAGAUUCGGAACAAAAGAUGUACGUAAGCAGUAACAUGAAUCAUCAUCAUUGUAUUUACGUUGUUUAAUUGUUAUUUUGUGAAUUACUUCAGAAAUUCACUACAAUAUUCAAUGUUGGACACAAAUAAGGAAUCAAUCACUCUUUAAUACAUACACUUUAACUAUACUAUACUUGAGACCUUAGAACUUAUAUCUCAAGAUGGGUGGCGCGUUUACGUUGUAGAUGUCUAUGGGCUCCAGUAAACACUUAACAUCAGGUGGGCUGUGAGCUCGUCAAUCCAUCAAAGCAAUAAAAAAAAAAAAUUAAAAUCAAAACAAAAAGGCGAAUAAGUAACUUUAUGGUAUUUUGAUUAUUAAAGGCAUAAUCAUUAGAAAAGAAACAAUGUAAUAUAAUCGCAAAUGAAAGCUCAUAUUAUGGACGCGUAAAUUUUAAUCUACCUACAUAAUAUAUCUUUCUUAGCAACCAAAUGUAGUGAUAAAUAUCGCAUUAUCAAAGUUAUUAUUUUUCCCGACGACAAUUUUUUCCAAUCUAUAAGAUAUCGGAUUAUGACGUAGUUUUAAGAUCAGAUAUUCACAAAUUCCUUUUCAAAGUUCAAUGGUAUUUACAGUUUAAAAUUUCACUGUUAUUAUUGGUUAAUGACGGCAGGACUCUUAUAAGGUGGGUAGUUUACUUGUCAGUCUAUGUAAACAAAGAUAUGAUUUCAUUGGUGGCAGACGAUCAUUUGUAACUAAUUAAGAAUUCGUUGAGAUAUUUUAAUGAGUUUAGAUUUUUGGUAAACAACUGUACAAUAACAAUUUGUAUGGUCUCACUAAUGACUUUUGUGUUAAUGUUUAAGGUUUCACGUGAUAUGUAUGUAGUUUUUGCGUUUUCGUUCGCUUUGAAUUGAAGUAGACGAUAGCUACGCCUUCGAAAUAAACUUAACAAUGGCUGCCCCACCCUUCAAACCGAAACGCAUUACUGCUUCACGGCAGAAAUAGGCAGGGCGGCGGUACCUACCCGUGCGGACUCACGAGAGGUCCUACCACCAGUAAUUACGCUAAUUAUAAUUUUGCGGGUUUGAUUUUUAUUACACGAUGUUAUUCCUUCACCGUCGAAGUCAAUCGUAAACAUUUGUGGAGUACGUAUUUCAUUAGAAAAAUUGGUACCCGCCUGAGAUUCGAGCAAUCGGUGCAUCGCUCAAUACGAAUGCAUCGGACGUCUUAUCCUUUAGGCCAGACGACUUCAUAAGAAAAUAAUCUUAAAGAAUCCAGUUUAUCAAACAUUUUUUUAGUACUAAUGAAAGAUUUCGUUGUUACAGAUUAGCGAGUCUCUUAAAUGGGGCAACGUUGGGAUGAACAUGGGCGUGAUGCUCGUCAGCCAACACAACAAAAGGGACAAGGCAAAGUCAGUUUGAGAAAA